UGACCUUUUUUGAGAAAAGUUUGCUAAACUGUAAAGAAAUCACAUUUUCAGUGCUGUUGCGCUUAUCUUUUUAUUAAGUAUAAUUCAUUAACAUGCAAUGGGACAUGCAAAAUGGCUGAAAAACUGAUGAAAACCAAUGCUCUAAAAUAGUUUUAGUUUAGGUAUUUUUAGCAUUAAAUAAAAAUCUGUCAAUUAAAGUGAUGAAUCUAGUUCGAUAUAAUAUCAGUAGUUUUACAGACAGCCUAUAUUUACAGUUUACAGACUUCCCGGAGAUGUUGCCAAAAAUAUAUGUUUAAGCACGUACUCGGAUGUGGAAGUUUUGGGAAUACCCCGAGAAGUUUGUUGAGGUUUGGCCCGGAGCAGGCUGACUUCAGAGGGGGAGCGAGGGCGUGUUUGUGUGAGGGGCUAAACGCUGGCUCCGGGAUCCGGGAGGGAUUUACCACAGUCUGAGGAGAAUAGACACACUUUUGGAGGACGGGUGACCCAGAUUCCACACACAGCUAUGCAGUUUCAGGAGUGGUUACGUUCCCUGCGUUUCAGUGGAGGAGACAGCAAGUCUGAAAUGGACAAUCUGAAGACGCUGCUUCCGUCUCUGCCCUCGUCCUUCUCUCUGUCCUCUCUCUCCCUCUCUCCGUCCUCUAUCAUAGGCUUAGGAGCGCUAGCCUCUCUCACAACCUACUGGCUGGUGACCAGACCUCGACCAAUCCAGCCUCCGUGUGACCUGCAGGCCCAGUCCAUAUCUGUGCAGGGAGAUCAGAGCUGUAGACGCUCAGCUUUACUGAAGGAUGACGAUCUACUAGAGUUUUACUAUGAGGACACAAAGACAGUGUACGACAUGUUCCAGAGAGGACUGCGGAUAGCAGGUAAUGGCCCGUGUCUCGGCUUCAGGAAACCCGGAGAGCCCUAUCAGUGGAUCUCUUACACUGAGGUUGCAGAAAGGGCACAGGUGUUGGGAUCAGGUUUGCUGGCGAAGGGUUGCAAACCAAACCCAAAGCAGUAUGUGGGCAUCUUUGCACAAAACAGACCAGAGUGGGUUAUUACAGAGAUGGCUUGCUACACAUUCUCCAUGGCUUUGGUGCCUCUGUACGAUACACUUGGAUUAGAGGCCAUGGUUCACAUCCUUAACCUGGCGGAGAUCUCUAUGGUGAUCUGUGAUAAGGAGGAUAAGGCAGAAUCUGUGUUGAAGAUUAAGGAGAAGGGAGUGACUACUGGCUCGGUUGAUUGUUGGAUAUUUAAUUUAUGUUUGUAUUGGCUUCAGCCUCCUAAACCUCAGGAUCUGGCUGUGGUGUGUUUCACCAGUGGGACCACAGGGAAACCUAAAGGAGCCAUGAUCACUCACGGCAACAUCGCCUCCAACACCUCCUCUGUCAUCAAGAUCCUUGAGGGCUACUUUGUGAUUCGUCAAGAGGAUGUGUCCAUCUCCUAUCUGCCACUCGCCCACAUGUUUGAGCGUAUGAUCCAGGUGUCGAUGUUUUGUCACGGAGCAAGGGUUGGUUUUUACCAGGGUGACAUUUCUCUGCUGAUGGAUGACAUAAAGACCCUGAAGCCCACCUUCUUCCCUGUGGUCCCUCGAUUACUCAACCGCAUCUAUGAUAAAAUUCUGGGCUCGGUUACGUCUCCGCUGAGGAGAAUCAUUCUUCAUUACGCCGUGAGGAGGAAACAAGCAGAGCUGAGCAGUGGAGUCGUGAGGAACAACAGCAUGUGGGACCGACUGAUCUUCAAUAAGAUACAGGCCAGUCUGGGUGGAAACCUGCGAUUUAUCCUCACUGCAUCCGCUCCGAUCUCUCCGACUGUCCUGUCCUUCCUCAGAGCCACCCUCGGCUGUCUGAUUUUUGAGGGUUAUGGGCAGACGGAGUGCACCGCUGGAUGUACCUUUUCUAUGCCUGGUGACUGGAGUGCAGGUUUGUGCUCAUGUGUCUUUAUAGGGCUGCUUUAGUUAUGAAUGACAUACUACCU